AUGUUUUAUAUCGAGAUUUCGAUUAAUUCUGACGAGCAUCUAAACACAAACAUGACAGUAAAACGUCAAAUACGGCCGUUAAAACGUUACAGACCUUUUCAAGACAAGUUUGACGUCUGUUUGAUGAACGUUAACGAAGCAUCAAGCUUGGUGAUUUCUAAAACAGUUCGAGAGACAGAAACCCAUUACAUUUGUCGUGUGUCGUCGUGUCGGGAAUUGAAAGUGUUCCAAAAAAAAGUAUUAAUGACAUGUCUUUUACUCGAUAACAGGCAUGUGUUUUCUUCUUCGGUUAAUCCUGCAUAG